AAACAGAAAUAUUUAGUCAAACUAAUAUUACCGGAAACCCCCUUCAUGUCUUAACUAUUAAACAUUAUCAAGACGAUGCGAGAUACGGAAGAGUUGCUGAAAUAAAUUUUGAUAAUACUGAGGAAAUACAAGAAAUCAAUUACUGCUAUGUUAAUG